AGGAUAUUACGAGGUAAGCUGACUGAUCCUGAGAGAACUUGUGUACGCGUUACUUUUCUGAAGUCAGAGAUGGAUUUAUUGCAUGGGAGUUGCCUCUGCAAGAGUGUGUAAGAUUUCUUUAUCGAGCCCAAAUGAUUUUCAAAUUGUAUACGUACAAUUGUUUUGUAGAUGGAAUUUAUUUUACACAUUUAUCAGACGUCGCUUCCCAUGUAUACACUCUCGAAGUCGUCAAAUCCAUUUUCUAUUUGUAUUUUUUGUCAGGUCACUCCACCCACUUUAGUUCAGACGAUCAAAGAAAGUGGAUCAACGCUCAUUAAGCUUCGUUAUUUUGGAGAAGAUGUAAGUAUACAACAUGCACAAACGGCCUCUACAAUUGACAAAUCCUAUCCCCAAUUUUGAGUACAACUAUUAAAACAAUUGCACUGCUCACCAAAGCAAAACUCAGUAAUUUUGUCUGGCAAAUAUAAACAUAAAUAUAUAUAUACACAAUUGUGAUCCUAAGUUGCUAGCGGAACUGUUACUCAGCACAUUUUAGUACCCAAGGCCUGACAACGUAUAAGACGGAUGCACAUGCUGUCAAGUUCACCAAAUUUUAAAAGUAAAACACCUCAUUUAUUUUUUAUUUCUAGGCGUACUUGACUCAAUCAUCUCAACUGUAUUUGGAAACUGCUUUACCAGCAUUAGGUGAUGUUUUCUGUCUGGCGCAGUCCUACGGAGAUGAACAGUCCAAAACUAGAGGACAUUUAUCUGAGUAAGUGCAUGGACAUAUCUAGCAUGCCAAUUUUUGAACGAGAGCACUUCUGAUAGAAAAAAUUGAAAUUAGUUUACAACUGAAGAUGAUUUAUCCUUUAUAUCUGGUACUACAUAGUAUAGUAUAUACAUUCAUUUAUUUAGGUAUACUCACGUUGAAGCUGAAUGUGCAUUUAUUACGUUCGAUGAACUCCUGGAUCGAAUUGAAGAUCUUGUAAGUAAACGUGUUUUAAAUUAAUAUAGUAAAUGGCUUUUUGUGCAUGGAAUUUUCGAAUGUACAAGUUUCCAUACACUUCACACCUAACCAGGAGUAGUUGCGGGAACUAUGGGAGCUUUGAGAGAAAUCGAACCGACUGACGAAGCCCACGCGUAAUACACGCGUGUUUUAUGCCUACAAGAGAUCACUCUAUUAGCCGCCAUCUUGUCUUCGCCCAAUCAUAGGGCAGUUUACCAGGAGUUAUCGUUCCAGUACUUAUAUAGAGUUCACUGGAUUGAACUGGGGGUUGGGAUUGUAAUGAUUAACUACAGCAUAAUGGUAACAAAUUGCUGUUUUUCAGUUGUGUUUGUUAACAUGGAAGUUGAUCCGAACAAAUCUGUUUUCGUUCUACGCAGGCUUGUGAUGUUGUUGACCGAGUUCUGAAGUCGCCUUAUAAAGAUCUGUUUUAUGAACUCAACCCGGUAUGUAAUCAUCGAUGGAGAAUUUCUUCAAUUUAUUGAGGAAUUCGAAACCUUUAGGAAUAUGAAAUAUAUGUAGAAGCACGCUAACCUUGUAGUUAUUCUUUUUCUUAGGAAUUCAAGCCACCAAAGAAACCUUUCAAGUAAGUAGAGAAAUAUACGUAAUAUAAAAGGUUCGACUGUUAGGCUUGAUAAACCCUAUUUCACCUUCAGGCGAAUGGACUACGUUGAUGCUAUUGUUUAUUUGAAAGAACAUGAUAUUCGUAAAGACGAUGGAACAUUCUAUGAAUUUGGUGAAGUAAGUGCAAUGUAGAUAAUAUUAGGAUUGGGCAACUAUAUUUAUUAUCAUAUCACGAUUUUCGUCUAGGAAGUUAUCACGAUAUUCGAUAUACAUGCAUUAAAAUCAAUGACCACAGUUUCAAUAAAUUAAAAUAACUGUUUUUGGAUUUUGUUCAAUCGAUGUUAAGACCCAUUUCCACUCAGGAAGAUUUUCCGCACAAAGAAUGGCCGACACAAAUUUUCCGUCGAAAAAAUUUUGAAGUUGAAAAUUUUCAACUUUUAACAAUGAUAUUUUUCGGAAAAUUUUCUAUCCGUGGAGAAUUUUCUGAGUGGAAAUGGGGCCUUCACGCAUACAUGCCAAACAAUAUAUCACGAACUUUACGGUCAAUAUCACGGACUUCGUACAACCUCACAAUGUGAUUGGUUAAUAUGGUUUAUUUCAGGAUAUCCCAGAAGCACCUGAAAGAAAGAUGAUUGAUCAAAUCAACGAGGUAUGGCAGUACUAACUGCUUCUCAACAGCACCAUGAAAUUGAUUGGUUUUACACCUUAACCUAAAAUUCACCAUAUUUCAUUUGCUACGACUGGCUUUAAGAAGAAUGGAAGAUUUACGCAAUUCAUGCAUGCCUGCAGAAGACAGAAGUUAGGGAGCCGUGCAUAGAGCGACGCCAUCUCCAUUGUAUACGUAUAAAGGCAAGCAGGAAGCUGCAAAUUCAAAACUUGAAAACUUAGUACUACAAAAAUCAUUUGAAGGCAGUGCAGUUUCCUUCCAAAAUGGAUUUUUGGUCAUCUCAGUUCUCACUCAAUUGCAUGCACGAAUGUUGAAAGGAUUUGUAGACGGAAAUUUCGAGUGUAAAUUUUAUACUUUUAUUUAGGCCUAAACCAGGAGCAGCUGCUGCCUGGACCGGCCGGUGCAGCGCUCUAACCAACCAUUCCGGUGCAGCGCUCUAACCAACCAUUCCGGUGCAGCGCUCUAACCAACUGAGUUAUACAGAUGCCAGUUGUAGAGCUCUAACCACAAGUUCAUGUAUAUAUAAGUGAUGACAUCAUGUAAGAACUCGAAAUAUCAUGUGGAGCUAUAGUUAUCCAAGGCGCAUCAGAUUUGCCUAUCACAAUUUCAAAAUUUCCCCAAUAACUAGUAAAAAAAUUCCCAUGGUAAACCCGCAGUUUCAAGAACGGAUUCAUAAUUCAUUAAACCAAUACAAGAUAACCAUGGGGUUCGUGAAAAUCCUUAAAAGUCCUUGAAUUUGGAAACAAAAAUUGAAGUCCUUGAAGUCCUUGAGUUUAUAAAGAACUGCUUGAAAGACCUUAAAUUGUCUUGCUUCAGUGGAUAUUUUCUGAAGUUUUUUUCAAGUUUGUGAACGCAAUGCGCAUGCGCGAGUUUGGGUGCACUUUUGCCUUUAAGAAUUGGACAUUUUGUAAAUUGAUUUUGUUCAUGUCUUACAAAGGCCAAAGCUGUUUGAACUUCAUUAAAGUUAUACCGUUUGAACAGUUUAACGUCACUUUUUACUAAUUUCUAACGCCUUCUUUUCAGCCUUUUAGUCGUUGAAUUUCCUGAUAUAUAUGGCCUUGAAUUUAACUCUUCCUGAUCUGUACGAACCCUGGACUAAUAACGCAUUUGAUUCUCAUCACUCGAAAUUCAACAUAAGUUUAUUUAACUUUGAAUUUAAUUUUUAGCCGAUAUUCCUGUGCCGUUUCCCAGCGGGAAUAAAGUCAUUUUAUAUGUCGCGUUGCCCUGAAGAGACAAGGCUCACUGAGUCGGUAAGUAAACUAUUAUCUACAUAAGUAAUUUCCUCACGUUAUUGAAAACCUGAAAAUUUCCAUCAAAUUCUACCAAUUCAAGAACACAGUGCUGGUGUUCUGUUAUAACCAAUAAAUAAACUUUGGCAUUAUUUCAGGUUGAAUUGUUAAUGCCGAAUGUUGGUGAAAUUGCCGGUGGAUCAAUGAGAAUUUGGCAAUAUGUAAGUAGACCAUUUGUGCUGCUUUCUCGCCAAUUCUGGUCCGCACCAAAUAUUGCAUGGAGAGGUACAGAUUUGCAUGACCAGGCAUGAGAGUUGAGGAAUUACGGUGUGCAUAGAUUGGCAUGUAUAUCAAAAAUUGUUGAACAAUAUAUAGCAUCGUUCAAACGAAGAUGAUAGUUCACAAGAGUUGAUCGAUUUCAUCCACUCUCACCAAUUCUCGUCGACUUUGAGGUGGUUCAAAUUUUUAUGAGAGUAGAUGAGCUAGAGUUUUUGAUCGUUUGAGUCUUAUAGUCUCGUCAAGUCUCAUCCAAGUCUUUUUCUCGUGUGACACUUCGCUUCUCAACUUCAUCAAGUCUCAUCAUCGCUUGACCGGGGCUUUUGUGUAAGGUAGCUUUAAAAGCGCUCGAUGCAUGACAUAUAGGUUGAGCGAUAUAUGUAUGUAUGUUCACGCCCACAUCCAGAUCGGAUAGUGCAUGUUCUCAAUGGUUGAUAUACGGUGGUACUAUUAUUUUCAGGAUGAAUUGUUAGAAGGUUUCAAACGAGAAGAGAUUGAUCCAGCACCUUAUUACUGGUAUACUGAUCAGGUAUUCCUCGGGGUUUUUUUCUGAACUUGUUUUUCAUUCGUCUAAUAAAUUGUUUCUAAAAUUUGCUUAUUCUGAAAGACCACUUGCUCUAUAGUUUCUUUAGGCCACGGUAAAGCCGGACUUAAAAAAUAGUCGGCUGAACUUUGAAAUGAAAUGUCUACAUGAAAUGAUGUCGAUUUUUCGUAUUGAAUUCACAAAAAUUCAGUGAAUUUCCGCGCAGGCGCCCAUGCAUAGAAUUUAAAUAAUAGAUAUCUAUUAUUUCUAUGGGCCCAGGGCCUAUACUUACAAGAUGGCCUUCAAUUUCCGCCAUCUUUGGCUUCAAAAACACAGUCGGGUUAGCAUGUCAGUUUUUACAGAGUUUAAUUAAUAUAAUGUAUUUAAUUUGUAUUUCCAGCGUAAAUUCGGAACAUGUCCCCAUGGUGGUUAUGGCUUGGGUUUAGAGAGAUAUCUGUGUUGGUUAUUGAACAGAAUGCAUAUCAGAGAUGUGUGUAUGUACCCAAGGUUCACUGGCCGAUGCCGACCUUGA